CCUUUCCACCUCCACUUUGUACACAAGUGCGCGUACACAAAUCUACGAGUGGUUCCCAAAACCACGAUUUGGCCAUUAUAACUCUGUGCACGGAGGAGUCACCUUCUAAAAUCAUAAAUCCCGAUCAGCCUUCUACCAUUACCCAUUGACAUGUCAAAAUGAAGAUUAUACCGAUAGUGAUACUUCUCUUAACAUCCUGUUUUCCAGGAAUCCUGGCGAUAAAGCGUGAACAUGGUGAAUAACGUAUAUCAUCACUGCUUGCUUCUGUUCGCGAGUCCUGUCUGUAGGUCGAGGCUCUUUGACAGCAGCAUGGACUAUUCCUUGCAGUUUUUCAUCUACUGCUGUGUUGGCGCAUUGUGUAUCUCGUUGACUACAUCACAAGGACUCAAUCCUGACUUUAUAAAACAUCUUAACGAGAAAGUUUCGAAUUCAGUUCAAGGAAGGCGAUCUAAUAAUGACGAUACAUGGAAUGAUAAUGACGAAGAGGAUGCAUUCAAUAGGAUAGUCGGUGUCGUAAAGGACUUUGGCAAACAGCGAGGAAAGAUGACAAUAGAGGGGCGUGAACUGGCCUAUGAGACUCGCUAUCGUUUCCAUAACCUGAAAGAGGGGUGGGUGCAUGACUGUCGGAUGACAGACCUCAAAAGCGGGGUCGAGAUUGAGGUCCGACAUCGGAAAGGUGAGCACCAGGUCAUCAAGGAAGCAGUGCAGAAAGUAUUUCAAGAACUCGAGAGCAGGGGACUCUUGCUCGAGGUCCAUGGUGAAACUAAUGAGGAAGGGGAAUCAUCACAAGAUGCUAGGGCUCUGCUUAAUGAUUUGGAGUCAACGCCUGAUGAUGUUGAAGAUCCACCACUGGAUACCGGGAUUCAUGAAGAUGAAACAGGAAUAUGGUCGAUGUUCCUGGAACAUUUCAAACAAGAUAUUUUUCUUCACCUGGAAGCACUCCUUUCCAGAAUUGCCUUAUGUCUCCUAUUAUUCUUAGCUGCAAUUCAUUUUUUCAAGAGAAAAUCAAACCGCAUCUUACAAACUAGCGUUGCAAGAUUACUAGUGGAUGACAUUGAACCAGACGGGGAUGGUUUAUACAAACAUCUUGUAAUCAGCCCAGCUAUGCCAACCAUCGACCAGCUUGAUAGUGUCAGGAACUAUGACUCCAUGUAUCGAUCGCCUCAAAAGGGUGUAGCAUACAUUCUCAACAAUCGUCUAUUCUCUUCGGGCAGAGAACGGAGAGGUUCAGAGGUCGACCUCGAAAAUGUACAACAUUUAUUCACCCAGCUUGGAUAUGAGACUAUCAUCGAUGAGAAUGCUACGGCUGAAAAAAUACGCCGCAACUUAGAUUCUUUAGUGAGACGAAUCAAUCGAGAAGGGGUCCAAAUUCACAGUUCUCUGGUCUUGUUUCUGAUGAGUCAUGGGACUCCCCGUGGAAUUCUGGGUGCUGACGAGCUUGAAAUAUCGAUUGAAGAAAUCAUGGGCCGACUAUCCGCAAAGAACUGCCAUGCGCUUGUCGAGAAGCCGAAGAUUGUUUUCAUUCAGGCUUGUCGCGGACAAAAUCUACAGCAGAGCGCCGUCGAUGGUGACUCAGUUUUAUUCGACUCUCGAGAAGAACCCGAAGAUUGUCUCCGUAGAAGAGGUGUAGCAACGGAUGAUGGCGUUUACCCAUCGAGCAAAACCACCCCUGAUCACUCUCUGGAAGUAGACUCUCUACCCGACAACACGGAUAUCUAUGUAGCGUAUGCAACAUCAUACGGUUACUUCUCAGUUCGAGACACGGUGAAGGGUUCGUGGUUUGUACAAGCUACAUGUGAGGAAUUCAUUGCAGGGGCUCAUAUUGAUGAUCUUGAUACUAUGAUGGAAAGUGUUACGAGGCGAGUAACCAGAUUAUGGGGUAGAAUGAAACUGAGGACAGGUCAAGAAGUCACCAUGCUACAGACACCAGAUAUCCGGAAACAGGGAGUACGAAGGAAAAUUUAUUUCGCUCCUAAAUAUCCGACAUCGGAAUCUGCAUGAAACUUAAUUAGUUAAGUCGUUUAUGCAAAAUAUAAUAAUGCCUUACAGUGUAAACUUAAUUAAUUGGAACGCAAAAAGCCUCUCUUAAAUCUGUAAAAUCUGAGAAAUAAUAACCGGGGAGCAAAAUAAUUUAUCCUACCGCAGUUCUGGAACCUAAAUAUGAACAUUCAUGACUUGCGUCUUCGGAAUAAGAGUACGCAUGCGAGUUGAUUAAUUGUCAGUGCCUUGAUAAGCACCCUAAAAUUACCGGUACCUAUAUUAUAGUUACAUAGGCCUUAUGGGCUUAGAUCUGUAUGCAUCUACAUCAAAUUCUUAAACAUCAAACUAGCUGCCAUUAUUGACAAGACAAAAUGCUAGGCUAGGGCUAGCUUAGGCUAGCGCAUUAAAAUACCUCAAAUCUGGACCUGUCUAAUGCCUUAUGCUAUAUAGUAGCCGACUAAUGCCAUGGUUAACUUCGAACUGGUUAAUUAACCUACGUGAACGCUCUUAACGUAUUAACGUACGUGUACGACCACAGAGUGAAUGGAUCCACGCGUAUAUGCGUACUCCAAUUUCAAAGAUGCGAG